AGGAAGCUGCAGACUUUCUCUCCAACGGACAAAUAUCCUGUUUGUGACUUUACCGCGCCUUUUUUAUUAAUUAAAGUACCAAUUUGAAAACAUCUCAGAGACUCCAUUUAGUCUCCUUUUUAAGCUUCUCUUUCCUGGACGCGAGAAUAACCAUCACAGUUAACAGUAGGAGCUUAGAAUUAUUUGGAAGAAAGUGGCAACUAAGGGUGUAUUUAAUGUAGCCAGGCCAACUUUGCUGCGUGCAAGUUACGUGUGCUAAAUUAAAUAUAAAAACAAUUAUAAUUCGUUUUCUCUUCGGGCUAUGCCAGUUAGAAGGACACAGAUAAGCUUUAGCUAACGUUAGACUGUUAAUUUCCCCUGCAUUUACUCCUCAGAUAUGAGUAUUCAAAAAUAUUUUAAGAGAAUACGGCGUGAGGAGGAGAGACGAGAAGAGGAGGAGAGACCACAGAUUGCAAGCACUGGCUCAAAAUGCCACAGUUCAAUAAUUGGCUCUACCUCACCCAGCAUGGAAUGUUUUGCCGAAUGUGCAGGCAACACAAGCCUCCAGUAAAGAAAGGCCCCUUAAAACGGGCUUUCAUAGAAGUUGGGAUUCUUGUUUUCCGCAAGGAUUAUAUUGAGCGCCACAUCUCCUCAGAGCCUCAUCAAUAUAGUGUAAAGCAUCAGGUCUCACUUGCAUCAGGCUACUCAGUGAUGCAGGCUUUUGAGCCCACAGUUAUUAUGGAGCAUGAGGCCGUCAUAGGUGGAUUCAAAUGCCUUUACUGGCUAGUAAAGAACGAGAUGGCUCACCACACCAACUACCCUAAGCUGUUAAGUUUAGCUCAGCUUUUGGGUUGUGAUUACUUUGAAAAGCUGAAGGUGGAUCAAAGAAACAAUUACCAAUCACACAGAAUAGUGGAUGAAAUGCUGGAGAUCCUUGCACAGAUAGUAGAGUUGCCUAUUUUGCAAGAGAUAAGGUCAUCUCAAGCAAUCAGCCUAGAGGUUGAUGAAACGACAGAUGUAUCUAUAAGCCGCCAGCUGGAUUUACAUGUUAGACACCUGGAUAAAGAGGGUUGUGUUUUCAACCACUUCCUUGACCUGGUAACUCUGGAAGAUGGGAAAGCUGACAGCGUGGUGGCUGCCAUCAAGAGUGUACUACAGAAGAAGGAGCUCCCGGUAGACAGGCUCUAUGGACUCGGGACAGACGGUGCAGCGGUGAUGACGGGCCGUCUGAAUGGAGUGGCAAAGCAGCUCACAGACAGUUUUCCAAAGCUGGUUUCUGUAGUGUGUGCUGCUCAAAGACUAGCACUGGCAUGCAAAGAUGCCUCAAAUGCUGUCAGAUAUAUGGCAAACUUCAGGAACCACCUGCAGGAACUGCACCUAUUCUUCAGAAAUAGUGCAAAUAGGUCAGCCACACUGAGAUCUGCCGCUACCACUCUUGGUAUGAACGACUUGAAAGUUAAGGAGGUGAAAGAUACAAGGUGGCUAUCGCAGGACCUAGCCGUUCAAAACCUCCAGAGGAACCUUCCAGCUGUGCUGGCUGCUCUGGCAGAAGAAGCGAGCACAAGGAAGUGUUCAGUGGCCAAAGGUCUAUACACCUUCUGUGCCACAUACCGCUUUGUGGCUGCCCUCUACCUUCAGGCAGAUGUGCUGCCCCACAUAGCAAUGCUGUCUAAGGUGUUUCAGAGAGCUGAUGUGAAUUUUCUCCACAUAAAGGAGCAGGUGCCAGUCACACUUGUUACUCUGGGGAGCAUUCUGAGCAGGCGAGACCCCACUCCCCGGAACGUUCCUUGCUCGCCUACACCAAGACCUGGAAAACCCAGGUGGACUUGGGGCCUUUAGCAUUGCCGGAGAGGAGGAGAGGAUCAGGAGGGGACACGGAAUUCUGGAGCGCCCCCGAGAAAAGAUGUGGGCCAGAUUUGUCAGAGAUGUCCUCAAACCUUACAUCUGCAGCCUGGAGAGCAACAUUGAGAGGAGGUUCCAGCAUAUUGAAUUGCUGGGGGCCUUCAGUGUCCUGGGUCCAAAGGCAGUUAACUCAAAUGAUGUAACCAACAUUUCAAUGUUGCAGACCCUUACCAACAAAUUCAUCCCAGGGCAGGAUGCCACAGUUAUUCAAGAGUGGACCUCGUACAAGCAGCAUGUUCUCGUAGGGGCAUUUAAGGUUGGUAAAUUACCUGAAUUAAUAUGAACUCUCAUCUGUCUUGACGGUUAGAAUUGCUUGUUUUUGACAUCUGUAAAUGUUUAAAUUAUACUAUAUGCUCAUUUGCCCUGCCUUGGCUAAUCUCUGAAGGACAAGACACAAGCUGAGAUCAUGCAGCUCCUGGCCAGUGAGAAGGACGAAUGGGCAGAAAUAUACCCAAACCUCUGCCUUCUAUCUUCAGUGGGGCUGGUCAUCCCUGUCUCCAGUGUAAACUGCGAGAGGGAUUUCUCAACGAUGAACAGGGUUAAGUGUUUUGCAUGUCAUUUCUGUAUAGUUCAUUUAAAACAAACUGUCUGUUUUAUAGGUGAAAACUGACCUGAGAAACCGACUGAAAGGGGAGCACCUGGCUGCAUGUCUGCGGAUAGCAGUUAAUGGACCAGCACCAGAGGCGUUCCCAUACUCCCAGGCAUUGGAGCUGUUCUUCAUGAAACCCAGAAGGAUGAAGUGCUCUGACAAACAGUGCCAUC